AUGCUGAGUGUAGACCGGGAGAUCACAAAUGGAACCAUCUCUUCAUUCAUAUCUGCUCUGUGCCUCAUGUUUGGGAGCUUCUACUGCUUCAAUAUACACUAUCCGUCUGGACUGGGUUCCACUCUUGAGUUUCUUCAAAGAUGCUUCUUCUCCAUAAAUCCUGAAAAAGGAACCAAAGUGGAGAAUAACAAGAGACAUCUCAACAUGAACCCCCGAGUACUCGCCCUGAUACAGGAACUUUCUGACCAUGAGUGGCGUUAA